CUUCUUUUGGUAUAAUAUAUAGGUGAAGUCCCAAAUUGUAUGGGUGCCUGUAGCAGUUACAGCUCAUUAGUCAAGGAAACGGGAGUACUGCACAGUUCGGCGUUUGGUGCUGUCAAGUUGCACCCGAGUACAAACUAUUCCAAUCGACCACACAACCUUGUUUGAAGACGGCUCAGGGCUGUUGUUUUAGGUUGUCAUCAGUUCAGUGGACUUCCUGUUGUCCGCGUGAAGGCAUGGUUUAACAGAGUUUACUAGUGAAAAAUUCUGAAGGGCCCACUUUUAAUCGUAACCAGAAGUUUUUGUGUUUUAUUGGCGAGCUGAAACUUCGCCUCCUCGAAGGACUGUAAUUGAAGGAUUAUACGACAAGUGGAUGUAGCGGUUGAAACGUUUACGUCGACAACGUCGCGAGAGUGACACAAUACAUCGGCAACGACACACCUGGGAUUGGUUUCCUCGUUGGCGGCGGAGUAAUGCUUUAUUCUUUCCAAAAUUCGACAUUCUACAUCGGCGGAAAUUCUCUAUCAUCACCGGCCUUCCAAUUGGCGACAAACAAGACAAACUAUAUAUUGUUUGUAUUCAUACUGAAGUAACUGGUAUUUACUUUAACAGUGUAAAAAGAAGCUUAGGGUGUGAAGAUUGUUGAAUACGUCACCCUACCAAUGCCCAGUUAUCGCGGUGAUUGUCAGCUUCCUAUCGUUCAAAAAAAUUGGCAUUACAAGUGUGCGAACAGCGAAAACACUUAUAGGUGGAAAAUCAACGACGUUAUUAGGAAGCACAUUUGCUCCGCCGCCAAGUCACGAGCGGGAGAACAGGAAACGUAUAGAUUAUUGUGGACGAUUAUCGUUGCAUUGCUUUUGUGCCUGGUGUUUGAAGUUGAAUUCGGAACAGCAUCCAGAAGAAACAUAACGCGCUCAGAAAUAAAUGUUGUGUCUCGAUUGCAAUUUCAAAAAAUUUCUCUUAAACAUUCGGAAUAUCUAACAUACCGAAAUAAAGUUGCUUCAAUAAAGAGGGGAACGCACAUUACAAAAUCUCUUCGUAGAUUGAGGCUCUGGGAGUUAUUAUCAGUUCCAGAUCCAAUACUAGCUGAUUCAAAAUUAUCGUUGUCUUUGAUUGUAUCAAUUCUUCCGAGCAUAAACAGAACUACACCAUACUACUUGCUCUCCGUACAGGACGUCAAUAGACGAAUGCAAUUUGGAAUAAAGAUUUAUCGGGAUCGUGUUCAGCUGAGUUACAAAAAGCAUCAUCGGUAUUUCAAAAUUUUAACUUUGUCUGAUGAGCAUCAACAAGACGAAAACACAGAAAAGAACUAUACAAGCUUUGCUCUUUUAUUUGAAGACGGGGUUGUCACGUUCCUCCACGAAUGUGGGGAUAUUGAGCAAAAAAGAAAAUUCCCGGAUUUACGUAUGCGGGAUAUUCUUUCAGAAAGUCACACAGCUGGAGCAAAAUUACUCAUUGGGCGUCGCAGAUCAAAAGUGACUUCUUUUGAGGGGGAAAUAUGCCAGCUAACUAUACACCGUGGACAACAAGCAGCUUACAAUUAUUGCAAACAACUACGCAGGCGAUGUAGAACAGCAAGCAUGAAUCUUCUUCUACGGAAACCUGGUGAAAUACGGGAAAAAGAAACCAGCGUUAACAGCAAUCCUGUGGUACAAGGAACAACGCCGAAGGGGAUACCACCUGUAAAUCAUGCUUUUACACGCACUUUUUAUAGGAAAAAUUUUAAAAAUCCAUCAGCAAAGAUUUUACAAGAAAACAAAAAACACUCUAAUAUACAAAAUUUUAUCGUGGCUUCUCAAGAAAGAUCGCGUGAUAUUAAUGAAGACGUGAGGUGGCGCACCAAACCUCUACGCGAAAACUCAAAUUCAAUAAUCAAUUAUAAAGUUGACACUGUUAAUUCAAAUACUUUAUUAUAUAAAGACAGCAUAUCUUCACCAUAUUUAUAUAGCAAUAACAGAGGGUAUGGGAGACCUCAAGCAUUUACUUCAAGAAAAGUUCUUUCAAAAUCUUUUCGUCCGUCUGACGAGGACGACGUUCUUAAAUAUAAGCAUUCGCAAUACACUUCGGCUGCAACAGGUUCAGUUUUAGUGGCGAGUAGUACACCACAAGGAACAGACAACGAGGAAAUUACUAAAAACAUGCAGUUAGAAAAUGCAAAGACUAUUUUACCAAGUAAUACAACGCCUUUGCGGAAAGCUCAAAGGCCACUAACAACACCGCUGCCAACAACUGCACCGUCAGACCCUUUGCUCCAUGUGCCAAAAUUGCAAACGGUGCUACCUCAGGAAUACGAGAUUACCACACCAACUUCAAUCCAUUUUCUUGCCAACACAAAAAUUAUACCACCUAAAAUCAAUAAGGACGAAGCGUCGUCUGAAUCUUCACUUGAAUCUACUGUCGAUUGGUUACAAGACCAGACUGCUCAAGAAAAUACGUUCACCGGAACCACGCCGAUUUCUACUGGCAGUGUAGUAGAUAUUACAACACCUCAAAUCAUAGAAAGCCAUCAUAAUCAUACAACGGCAGCAACAGAAACCAAAAGUAAUGAAACCAAUAUCACAUGGGAGCCCAUGAUUAACGUCACGAUUGGACAAUUCACUUACACCGUACCUGCGUCAUCUUCUUCCUUUAUGAUGUGUGAAGAUCCAAGUUCCAAAGAAAAAAAGGAAGAAACGAAGUUGUAUUUAUGUGGUGUUGUUGGACAGAAAGGCGAAGUGGGACCACCUGGCCCUCCAGGACCAAAUGGAAGACCCGGCAGAUCUGGACGAGAAGGACCAAUAGGAAUGUAUGGAGCUUACGGAAUGCCAGGAUUACCAGGAGAUCCAGGUCAGAAGGGAGAAAAGGGCCACUCCGGAGCUUUUGGACUAAAGGGGCCUAUAGGCAUGCAGGGUUACAAGGGAGUCAAGGGACAAAUUGGCGAACCUGGUAUGGUCGGACUACCGGGAGUCGACGCCGGUCAUGGCCCGUCUGGUCCACCCGGAUAUCCGGGCUCGCAAGGCAGAGAUGGUGAAAAGGGACCAAACGGCUAUCCUGGCAGGCAGGGUGAACCAGGUCCCAGUGGAAGGAUCGGAAUUUCUGGUCCUGAGGGCGAAGUCGGAGCCACGGGGCUACCAGGCCUUCCUGGUUUACCUGGUGUCAAUGGCGAAAUAGGUAUGAAAGGAAAACCCGGUACUCGAGGAUUGCAGGGACCACCUGGCGACCCUGGGCCCAAUGGCAUACCCGGAAUUGACGGACAACCUGGACGUUCAGGUAAACGAGGCCAAGUUGGACUUCGAGGGCCGAUGGGAGAACGCGGUCCACCGGGUCUUCGAGGAAAACUCGGUUCCUCUGAACUCAAGGGAUUUCCAGGAGAUAACGGCCCACAAGGAUUGAAAGGUGAUAAGGGAAACCGUGGAUUCCGUGGAUCAACUGGCAAAAAAGGAUCGAAAGGAGAUCAGGGAGAAAUUGGAAUGAUGGGAGCACAAGGAAAACCAGGACGACCUGGUAGAAACGGAACAGCUGGGGAUCCGGGAACUCAAGGAGAACCAGGAGCACCUGGACCAAAGGGUUACGAAGGUCAUGAGGGAAAUCGAGGUGAUUCAGUUCCUGGCGAAAAAGGCUUUCCUGGGCAUCGAGGAGAAAGAGGAUACCACGGAAGACGCGGAUUACCAGGAAGUCCAGGUUUAGAUGGAAAAAAUGGAACGGUUGGAGAAAAGGGCAAAAAAGGAAAGGUUGGAAUUCAAGGAAAAUCUGGAUAUAUCGGUGUGAAGGGUUAUCCUGGAGAACCCGGACGAACUGGAGAAAUAGGACCAAAGGGGGUACCAGGAGUUCCAGGUUCAGGUGGGAUGUCCGGAUUUGAAGGUUUCAAGGGCGACAGAGGAGAGCAGGGCAAACGAGGUCCACUCGGGUAUAAGGGGCCCACGGGCCAUCGUGGUAUACAGGGGUUACCUGGCGUCGUUGGUGCCCCAGGACUUAUGGGCCCACCAGGAGUGACUGGACCGACAGGGAAGCCAGGUGAAAUGGGCAAUAUGGGACCGAGAGGGCCACCUGGACCGAAAGGCGAGAACGGAGACGAAGGAAAACGUGGUCUGGUUGGGGAUACAGGACCAGAAGGAAUGUUUGGUAUUGCUGGCGAACGUGGAGAGCCUGGAGAACCUGGACCCAAAGGCUACCCGGGUGAAAACGGAGAGACAGGACCAGACGGCGACAAAGGAACGAUCGGAUAUCCGGGAGAUAUGGGAAUAGUUGGAGUAGAAGGGAACGCAGGAGAACCAGGCCAAAUAGGACUUGACGGACUCGAGGGAAAACCCGGAACACCGGGAGAAAAUGGACCAAGGGGGAAGAAAGGACAACAAGGUCCACCUGGUAUACCUGGUAGAGAAGGUCCACCAGGACCUCCUGGAACAAUUGGGGAUCCAGGUGUGCAUGGUAAAGAUGGAGUAAAAGGAGAUCCUGGAGGACCGGGAGAAGAUGGCAACGAAGGAGAUCCUGGUGACACGGGCAACGUUGGAAAACGCGGUCCGCCUGGAAUACAGGGUUACCAAGGACCGAGAGGAAGACAACUUAAAGCCGGUUCUGAUGGACCAAAUGGUCUGCCUGGCAUAAAGGGCGAAAAAGGCAAGCGCGGACCGACUGGAGUUCCCGGUGAGAAAGGCACAGAAGGGGAAUCAGGAUUGAAAGGUUUGAAAGGGAAACGUGGUGAUAGAGGUUUACAGGGUCCUCCUGGGGAUGAAGGUGUUCGAGGGCCAAUCGGAUUGAAAGGAUUUCAGGGGUUUCUUGGACCGCCCGGUCGAGAAGGCGAGAAAGGCACAAUGGGAGUGAAAGGUAUUUCUGGAGAACCUGGUGCAAAAGGUACCCGUGGAAAUAUUGGAGAUAUGGGUGCUAUGGGACAUCCGGGUAAAGACGGCGAACAAGGAAAUCAAGGAUAUGCAGGACCGAGAGGACAAUCAGGACCAAGAGGGCCCGAUGGAGACCGCGGAAAACUGGGACAUGCUGGCCUUCGCGGGAAACCAGGAAAGCCGGGCGUGCCUGGACAGAGGGGUAUAAACGGCACAAAAGGUGAACCAGGGGCACUAGGAAAUACCGGAUCACCCGGCAUUGUUGGACCAGAUGGACGCCUCGGACAACCUGGACUAAAGGGUGCUGCUGGAGAAGCUGGACCAUUUGGACCGCCCGGAAGAGAUGGAUCUAUCGGACCAAUGGGAUCAUCUGGUGAUCCGGGACCCAGGGGAGAUGCGGGAAGACCUGGGCGACCAGGUAUCCAAGGGCGACCUGGGCUGAUGGGAGAUAUAGGACUUCCAGGACCAAGGGGUGCAAAAGGGAUGCCGGGAGAGACGGGAACACAUGGAAUUCCGGGUGCAGAAGGUGUAGAGGGUGAUCGUGGUGUUAAAGGAGAGAUGGGAGACAAAGGCACCAAGGGUUUGAAGGGAAAUAGAGGGAUACCUGGACUAGCUGGCCUACAGGGAGAAUCGGGAAUACCUGGAGCUGUUGGAUUGCCGGGACCUACCGGCCCACGUGGACCUCCGGGAUCAGCAGGACGUGUUGGUGUUCAAGGACCGAUAGGCGGAACAGGCUUCAAAGGUGCAGAAGGACCAGCUGGCUGGAUGGGAGAACCUGGCGGAGAAGGAAUGCCUGGAUAUCGCGGAGAUCGCGGACGACCGGGUCCACCAGGACCACCAGGUCCGGAUGGUCAUUUUACGAAUCAAUGGUCUGACCAAAAAGCUGGAACCAACAAUGGGAACACUGCCAUACUGAAUGAUGCAUCACCUCUAACAACGGUCAGCAACAGAGGACAGGGUGACCAUGGUGUUGUAGAACCUCAAGACAGUUAUGAUUAUGCAAUUGAUUUAGGAGAUUUUGGCAGGGAGAUUCAAUAUAACAUGCAACAUUUGUACGAUGCUAUUCGUAAUAUAAGAAAAACAAGUGGACAAAGUAAAAAACAGUCAGCAACUACUUGCCAAGAUUACAAAUUUUUUCAUUCUGAACUUUCCAAACGUGAGGGAAGAGAAAACCGUCUACAAAAUGGUAUAUUUUGGAUUGAUCCAAACGAAGGAUGCAUGAACGAUGGAUUUCAAGUUGAAUGUUUGUUUCAAAAAUCCACGUUGACCUGUUUGCCUUCUAUUGCUUUUAAUUCAAGCAUGAAUAUUCAAGAUGAGGGUCCAAAUAUGAUCGAGUACUUUCAAGAUAUUUUCGUGGACCACAAACUAGGACGGUAUCUACAUAGUAAAAAGAGAAAUAACCAUCUGCCUGUGCCUAAUCUUGCCAAAUCACAGAGAUCGUUCUUACAUAUGCGAAGUACAUAUGCACAACAGGUCGUUACGAUCAAAUGCAUGAACUUUGACCUGUGGUCGAUUGAUAACACCACAAUGAAUAACGGAAGUUCUUUCAGAACGCAGGACUUGAUACUUCACUCAUGGAAUAAUAAAAUAUUGCAUGCGUCUCAAACAUCUACUACAAAACAAAAAAAUAGAGUUCAUAUUGAAAUUUUACAUGAUAACUGUAGGGUAUUUGAUGGUGAUUGGAAGGGAGCUGUUUUAUACAUAAAAUCCUAUGACGUGAACAUACUUCCAGUAACCAGAAUCACGUGGCCAAAACCGUUGAAUUAUGAAGUUCAUAUAGACGUAGGGAAGGUCUGUUUCACAUAAAUUAUAAAGCAUCAAAAAAUGUUGAUCCUCGCUGUCGUUCUUGCGUAAGAGAGAAAGACGAGUGCACGUAAACGGAUACCACAGAGAAAUCUAUCAAGGCCAAAUUUAUAAACCAAGUAUUGGAAUCAACAAUAACUAAGACAUUUUCUUUUGUUUCUUAAAUCUUAUCCAUCUUUCACAUUCAAAUAUACAAUUUUUUUAUGUCGCUUUCUUGAUCAAACAUAUAUUAUGUAGAAAUUUGCUUUAAUGCUUUUCGCCCUGAGCAUUUAAAUCUCGCAUCCUGAAAAUGUAAAAGUGCUUAUUUCGAUAGCUCGAUGAUGCAGAUGCAGUCAAUGUGUGUUUGUUUGUUUUCGCCUUUACAAUGCGCAAUUUUAGGCUAAUUAUCAUUACAGAUUCAACAACUAUUUACUGACGUUAUUACUAAGUACAGUGUUUCUGACAUUGGUGGUAUAUGGGAAGAUGUCCAAUUUCUUGAAAUAUUAAUUGGGGACUUUUUUAAAAUUCACAGUAUUUUUACGUAAUUUAUUUAUAAUGUGAGCGUAUUGCUCGACUUUGACUUGUUUACCAUCAGCAUAUUUUCGUUAUUUUUUAGAACGCUACCUAUUUUCUGCUAAAUAUUAAAUAUAUAUUUCAUUUUGUUGGUUUUUUAUUUGCUUCCUUUUUUGUAUUCUUGCUGAUAUCGCUGCCACGUCAUUGAGGUCACAAUUUUUAGUUUCGUGUACUUUUCUUACUUGUUAUUUUGUGCAAGAGAUAUCAAUUAGAGAAUUCUAAUUCUAAUUUAUAUUUUUGUCGAAAUGGGAAUAUUGUGACCCUAUCAAUUUUAGAGAAUAUGUCUCUAUUAGAAUUGGACCUUGAAUUUGAUAACAAAAUCACAAUACAACAUCGCAUCGCGUUGCGACGUUUUUUUCUUAUGGGACAGCAUAUCCCAAUGUUUAUAGAUUUCUGUGUAUUUUUUGAAGACGAGUAAUCAAGUACAUUCACUCUAGAAAGUGUGAACGAAUGGAACCUAAAUGCCUAUUUUUUGCUUUUUUUUCUAAUUUCUUUGCUUUUUAUUGCGAAUAUAUUAUUCUACCUAUUCAGCAUAAUAGCCUACCUUUUUACUCUUCUAAGUAAUUAAAUAAAAACAUUAUUCCAGCAAUUGUUAA